CCCUGCACCACACUCUGCGACAGGGUCGCCCGGACGUCAACAGCUGUCAACACCAGCCAGCGAGCGGAAGCGAGCUUGGCUGUCAUUACUCGCCCGACAGCCGACAACUACACCACGCGGAAAUAUUUUAAUUUGUAGUUUUACCGUAAUAAAAGUAAUUAGUUUGUUGUAUAGUACCACCUCGCGUUUCACUAUUACAACAAGUGGCGACGGGUCUGUGGAGUUUGUCGGUUUGUCAAUUUUUUCGGCGGAAAUCGCAAAAUCGUUGUUGCCGUGCUUCCACGUGGACGUUUCUUCCGUGGCCCGCAGCGAUGUCCAACCCACCGGGAAUCAACAAAUCCGGAAGCGCUGGAUCCGGUCAAGCGAGCGGGGAACAACCGUUCAAGGACACCAUCAUCCAGCUGCUCGCCAAUCAACACGCGCUGAUGGAGGAGCUCACCGAACAGGUGAAGAACCUGCAGGCGGCGCCCCGGAACGAGCUGGUGCUGGACUCCCUGGCCACGAACAUCACGGAGUUCGUCUACGACGCGGACAAGGGCUGCACGUUCGACACCUGGUACGGACGGUACGCAGAUUUGUUCGACGCCGACGCGUCGUCGCUCGAUGACGCUGCGAAAGUCCGGCUGCUUCUGCGGAAGUUGUCCCCGGCCGCGCACGACCGGUACACGUCGUUCAUCCUCCCGAAGGUUCCAAAGGACUUCAAGUUCAAGGAGACCGUCGACAAGCUCAAAUCCAUUUUCGGCACACCCGUGUCGAUCUUCCAUCGUCGCUAUCAAUGUCUGCAGACAGCGAAGGACGAGUCAGAGGAUUUGAUCAGCUAUUCCUGCAGAGUCAACCGCGCCUGCGUGGACUUCCAGCUGAAGAAGCUCGACGAGGAACAACUGAAGUGCCUGGUGUUUGUGUGUGGACUUACGGCUGCCAAGGACUCAGACAUCCGUAUGCGUCUGUUGUCCAAGAUCAACGAAUCUCAGGGCAUGACCCUCGAGAAGAUCGUAGAGGAAUGCAAAUCGCUCGCUACUCUCAAGCAGGACACCGUCCUAAUUGGGAGCCAUGCAUCCUCCUCCGUGCAGCUGUCCACAAACGCGGUCCGGACCGAGACGAAGCAGAAGCCCAAGGGGAAGUUCGGAGGCAAGCAGCGCGACAACAUCCCGAAAUCACCGUGCUGGUCGUGCGGCGGAAUGCACUAUAUGGACGAGUGCAAGUUUCGGGAGCACAAGUGCCGGGACUGCAACAGAGUGGGACAUCGCGAAGGCUACUGUUCCUGCUUCUCAGCAAAGAACCGGACCAAGAAGGAGCACAAGUUCCAGCCGAAGCCGCAGCAGAAGCAGCGCUCGAGCAAGAGCGUGACCGUCGGCAGCAUCCAGCAGGGUCGGCGCUACACAACCGUCGGCAUCAACGGCGUGCCGGUGGAGCUUCAACUAGAUUCCGGCUCGGAUAUCACCAUUCUCUCAUAUCAGAACUGGGAGAAAGCUGGACGUCCUCCAACGGUUCCACCGGACUGCUCUGCGAGGGCAGCCUCCGGGGACAAGCUGAACAUCUCUGGGAUGUUUUCGGCUACCAUCAGCAUCGGCGGAGUCCACAAACAAGGCAAGUGCUACGUGAGUGGACCGCAGCUUAACCUCAACGUCCUCGGAGCCGACGCCAUGGACAAGUUCGGCCUCUGGGAUGUUCCACUGUCGUCCAUCUGCAACCUGGUGGCCAGUGCGGACGAAGACGCUGACGUUGCCGAGCUGAAGUCGCGGUUUGCGGACGUGUUCAGCGAUCGCGCUGGUGUCUGCAAGAAGACGCAGGUUCACCUCGACCUGAAGCCAGAUGCGAAGCCUGUGUUCCGGCAAAAGCGGCCUGUGGCGUACUCCAUGGAGGCCACCGUGGAGGAUGAGCUGCAGCGACUCCAAGAUCUGGGCAUCAUCACCCCGGUCACGUACGCGGAUUGGGCCGCGCCCAUCGUGGUCGUGCGGAAACCGGAUCGCUCUAUCCGGAUCUGUGCCGAUUAUUCGACCGGGCUGAACAACGCUUUGGAGCCGAACAGCCACCCACUACCCCUGCCCGAGGACAUCUUCGCGCGAAUGGCCAACUGCACCAUCUUCGCGAACAUCGAUUUGUCCGACGCAUACUUGCAAGUGGAGGUCGAUGAGGAGAGCCGCAAGCUGCUGGUCAUCAACACCCACAAGGGGUUGUUCCAGUACAACCGCCUGUCUCUCGGGAUCAAGAACGCUCCGGGGGCAUUCCAGAAGAUUAUGGACACGAUGCUGUGCGGACUGCCGCGCACCUGUCCGUACCUGGACGAUAUCAUCGUUGGCGGUCGAACGCGGCAGGAGCUCAAGCUAAAUCUUCAGCAGGUUUUCCAGCGCCUGCAAGAGUACGGGUUCACCGUGAAGCUCAGUAAGUGCCGCUUCUUCAUGAACCAGGUCAAGUACCUGGGCCAGCUGCUGGACGCCGAAGGUAUUCGCCCCGACCCGGAGAAGAUUGCCGCCGUCGUGAACAUGCCACAGGGUGGCCACUCAAGUCGGGAAAUCGGGAAAGUCGGGAAAAAGUCGGGAAUUCGCCAAAAUCCGCAAAAAAUCGGGAAAAAGUCGGGAAUUUGUGAUUUUUUGUCAAAAAGUCGGGAAAAGUCGGGAAUUUUGAGCAUACUUGUUUGAAAAUUAUUUUUCAACUUAUGAACAAUUUUAAAAUUGAAGUCACUCAUUUCUGCUUUAGUAACUUUCUUUAAAUUUAAGGUUCUUUUGACUAUUUCAAUAUAUUUGAGUAUUGAAAAGCUGUUUAAGACAUUCAAAAUCUUAAUGAAUAUUGGGGUCUUUGACACAGAUUUUCAUAAUAUUUUUCUAUGAAUCAAAUGAUCGCUAU